GAGACGUUUACGCAGGCACAUGUGAAAGUGGGAACAUUUUGGAAAGUAGAGAGCAUCCAACAAAUUCUGAAGAUAAAAGGUCAAAGACAAUUUACAAGAGAUCUAGAGCAGAGCUGCAGUAAGAUGCUGUGGCUCCCUUCUUAGAUUAUGAUCCACACCCAUCUCUGUGUGACCAUUGACAGUUAUGACAUUUCCAAAGAACCCGGGAAAAAUGUGGAGGAUCCCAGCGCUAUGGCUUCCGGUGCUUCUACUGGCCGUUGAGGUAUGCCACUGUGAAGAUGUGGGGACCAUGCUGGCAUCCGAGGAGGUGCCCAACAUCCCUUUGUCGACCACCGUGACCCGCAGCCAGAUCCUCUCAGCUCAGUUUGAGUGCUACCUGAAGAUCAUCUAUGACCCACCACGCAAUGAAGCUGGCACAUUCUGUAACCGCACGUGGGACGGCUGGCUGUGUUGGGAUGACUCUGCACCUGGCACGGCCAUGCAGCUCUGCCCUGUGUACUUCCAGGACUUUGACCCCUCGGAGAAAGCAACUAAAGUGUGCAACUCGGACGGACAGUGGUUUCGUCACCCUGAGAGCAACCGUAUUUGGUCCAAUUACACCCAGUGUCAGAUGUACACUAAGGACAAACUGACGUUUGCGUUUAGCUUGUACUACUUGGCCAUUGUGGGACAUGGAUUGUCUGUGGUAUCUCUCAUCAUCUCACUCUGCAUCUUCUCCUACUUCAAGAGUCUGAGCUGCCAGAGGAUCUCCCUCCAUAAGAACAUGUUUCUGUCCUUUAUCUUCAACUCCAUCUGCACCGUCAUCUGGCUCUCUGCUGUAGCCAACAACCAGCAGCUAGGGGCCAGCAACCCUAUUGGAUGCAAGAUCCUGACAGUCCUGAACCAGUAUACGUUUGGAUCCAACUACUUCUGGAUGCUGUGUGAGGGGAUCUACCUGCACACUCUCAUCAUCGUGGCUGUGUUUGUGGGAGAGCAGAAGCUGGGCUGGUACUAUGUCCUGGGUUGGGGCUUCCCCAUCAUUCCUGCCAUCAUACAUGCUGUGGCACGUGGGCUCUUCUAUGAUGACAGAUGCUGGAUCAGUUCCGACACACACCUGCUCUACAUCAUCCAUGGGCCUGUCCAUGCUGCCCUGCUGGUGAACCUGUUCUUCCUGCUCAAUAUAGUGCGUGUGUUGAUCACCAAGCUGCAGGUGACCCACAGUGCAGAGUCUAAUGCCUAUAUGAAGGUGGUGAGAGCCACUCUCAUCCUGAUCCCUCUGCUGGGAGCCCAGUUCAUCCUGGUUCCCUGGAGGCCAGAGGGACGUAAGGCCAGGGCCAUCUACGAGUUCAUCAUGAACAUUUUUGCACAUUUCCAGGGACUCCUGGUCGCAAUUAUAUUCUGCUUUUACAAUGCAGAGGUGCAGGCAUGUCUUAGGAGGAAAUGGGCACAGACCAAGCUGGUGUGGAAAUUGACAGAUUCCUACUCCCACUACAACACCAACUCCUUUGGGACCGAGACGAGUCGCGCUACAGUCAGCCUGGAGCUCACCGCCCCUGAGGAGGACACCAUCAUUAAGCCAGGUGGCAGUGUGCACUACCGAGCCAAUGGACAGAGCAACGGCAAGCGCUGCACCAACGGGGAGAUGGACACGCCCAGGAUCCUGGAGACCACGGACAUCUGAUAGCACUGCCACUUCCCAUAGGCACCAUCACCUGAUGCUGUGACAAACAGGCUCGCGAAACUCACAGAUUGGCCACAGACAAUUGAUCAAUGCAGAAAAUGGGGGCCAUAACCUUUUGUGUCAUUGUAAAUGUUGGAUCACACACGUGGUAAGAAUAUACACACAAAUGUGUACAAGAUACACAUGCAAACACACAGACAAAAACCAAUAUACAGACAUCUGAUAAUGGAUGAGCAGCUUACAGGGUCCAGUUGAAACCACAGACAAUUAUUUGCAACCAGAUGUAUAUACAUUUCACUGUAGCUUUUCAUUGUUGCUGAUUUUAGUCUUAGGCACAAGAUAUUAUGGAACAAUCCCAGUGAUAAAAUGACCCAAUAAAGAGGGCUAUCUCUGGCAAUGUUUGAUAUUGGCCUUCAGUGCCGAUCAGUGUCUGCUGUAAUCAAUUCCUGUGGGCAUAUUGGACAGUAUAUACACUGGCAAGAAAGUAUGUGAACCCUUUGAAAAUACCUGGAUUUCUGCAUAAAUUGGUCAUAAAAUGAUCUGAUCUUCAUCUAGGUCACAGACAAAAAGAGUCUGCUUAAACGAAUAAAACAAACAAUUAUGUUUAUCUUUAUUGAACACACCGUGUAAACAUUCACAGUGCAGGGUGGGAAAAGUAUGUGAACUCUUGGAUUUAAUAACUGGUUUACCCUCCUUUUGCAGCAAUAACCUCAACCAAAUGUUUUCUGUAGUUGCGGCUCAGAUCUGCACAACAGUCAGGAGGACCAUUCUUUACAAAACUGUUUCAGUUCAGCAAUAUUCUUGAUGUCUGGUGUGAACUGCUUGAGGUCAUGCCACAGCAUCUCAAUCGUGUUGAGGUCAGGACUUCUGUUGAAACCAUUCUAUUGUUGAUUUACUUCUGUUUUGGGUCAAUGUCCUGUUUCAUCACCCAACUUCUUCUGUUGAGCUUCAAUUGGGAGACAGCCUUACAUUCUCUGGCAAAAUGUCUUGAUAAACUUGGGAAUAUAUUUUUCUGUCGACUAUAGCAAGCUGUCCAGGCCCUGAGGCAGCAAAGCAGCCCAAAGCAUAAUGCUCCCUCCACCAUACUUUACAGUUGGGAUGA